CUCAUCCUUCGUCCUCUCCGGAUCUCUCGAUCGACGACGACAACGCGUCUAUUUGGUUGCGAGUUGCGAAUUGUGAUUAUCAGCCUAGAUUAACCACGUCGGGUUGUGUUUUGCAGCCUUGUGUUAUCAUAAAGUCGACACCCAUUUAUCUGUAAGUGGUCUCCAAGGAGGCACCAAAGUGGAACAAAAACAAACCGAAGAAGAAAUCCGUUAUCUCCGGCUACCGGAGCGUGCAGUGAUAGUUUUGGCACACACGUGUGGGCGUCUGGAAAAGGGGUUGUUGUUUUCUUUAGUUUGCUCCGACAGGCGUCAGUGAGUUUUCUUAUUAUUGAUCGAAGCAACCGUGCCCAUCCAAUCGUUCGAUGCUAAUGUUAUUGUAAUCACAACGAUCAACUACUCCAGGAAAAAGUGCAUUGCGUUACAAUCGAGGGGCAACGCCUACUGCUAGAGAUAUCUCUUUCCCCCGAUCCGGUACAAGCGUUGUCAUCGACCAAUCGAAGUAGUUUUGUUUACAAAAUUAGUGCUGAUUUGAAUCGGAUACUCCGAACAGUGACAAACGUAACAAACGACUGUUAACAGCGAUUAUCUCUCGAAGCAUCCAUAUUUGGCAGUAGGCCUUGGUCCGGUCAGUUUUCGUCAACCGUCAAUCAAUCGUGUUGUCAAGAUCCCUUUCAACACAGGGUGAUCUCCCACGAACGGCCUCACAAUUUUCCUCCAACAUCACCAGCAGCAGCAGUACGGCAAAAUGCCCGGACGUCCACUCUGGCAGGUCGCUGGCAAGCGCGACAAGGAACAGGAACGCGAAGCCCAGCACUGGAUCGAAACGCUGCUGGGGGAGAAGUUUGCGGCUGGCAUUCCGUACGAGGACUGCCUUCGCGACGGAAUCAUCCUGUGCCGGCUGAUGAACCGCCUGUCGCCGGGAAUCGUCCCCAAAAUCAACCUACACGGGGGCGACUACAAGAUGAUGGACAACAUCAGCCAAUUCCAGAAGGCGUGUAUCAAGUACGGCGUCGCCGAUGUGGACCUGUUCCAGACGACGGACCUGUGGGACAAGAAGAACAUCGCCCUGGUAACGACGACCAUCUUCGCCGUCGGAAGAACGUGCUACCGCCACCCGGAGUGGCGUGGACCCUACCUGGGACCCCGGCCCUCGGAGGAAAACCGGCGUGAGUUCUCGGCCGAACAGUUACGCGCAGGUGAGGGCCUCAUAGGAUUGCAGGCCGGUUCCAACAAGGGUGCCACCCAAGCUGGGCUCAACUUUGGCGCCACCCGAAAGAUCCUGCUGGGAAAAUGAAGGCGCCAGCUGUAUCUGUUCUCUAUCUGCUUUAUGUAUUCAUCGUUUAAUAAUUUAUUUAUAUUAACGCGCAAAGUGCAAUUUCGUUUUUAUGCGUUUUCGUUUUUUGAUUUCGGUCAAACUUUAGAAGCUGGUUAGAAAGCGCCAAGUAUUUAUUGUGAUUCUAAUAGUAUCGAUUUUGGUCAAUUCGAAUCAUCUACCUAUUUAUAAUUAUUGUUUUUAAGGUCAGCCCAAAAGUGUUUGCGAAGUUGAAAAAAAAAUCAGUGCUUUCAAGAAUUGUUCAGUUUUGAAACAAACAGAAGAAAAACAACAGUAAAAAACAAAAGUAUAAGCUAAAGCAGUACAAUUAAAUUUAUCCCACUGGCAGUGCUAAUCCAA